AUGCACAUCAUUCGAGGUAAUUUGCCGUGGCUAGCCUCGGAGGCGCCUCUGAAGCGGACUGAAUGCGCUGUUGUCCUCACACCAUUCGAGGUGAUGUGCCGUGGCGAGCCUCUGAGGCACCCUCUGAAGCAGUGUGAAAGUGCUGAUUUAUGCACAUCAUUCGAGUUUUUUUUUNGUAAUUUGCCAAUUCGAGUCUCCGUUCUUUCGAGGUGUUUUCCCGUACCGACCAUCGGAGACGCAUCUGAUGCGGUCUGGAGAUGCCGAUAUCCGCCCAUCGUACGACGUGAUUUGCCGAUUCGAGCAUCCGAGGCGCCUAUGAUGCGGUCUGGAAGUGCUGGUAUCCGCAAAUCGUUCGAGGAGAUUUGCCAAGGCGAGCCUCCGAUCUUUCGAAGCGGUUUGCCGUGGCAACUCUCCGAGACGCCUUUGAUGAGGUCUGGAGAUGCCGAUAUGCGCACAUCGUUCGAGGUAAUCUGCCGAUGCGGGCCUCAGAGACGCCUUUUAUGCGGUCUUAAAACGACGAUAUCGGCACAUCGUUCGAGGUGA